GAAACGUGAAGCAUAUGAUGCCCACAAGCUAGAUGUGGGUAGCAGUAACAACGGCGUUGGUGGUGGGACGCGCUUUGCCAGCACGGCACACACGUCUGCUGCACUCACUGCACCUGGGUUAGCUUUAACAUCUCUCUCCUCUUUAUUGAAGGGGCCACCACCUAAACCCCCACGCCGGCAAGGAGGCUGGGCAGAUGAUCCUGCACUAGCGUCUAGCAAGUCAGGAAGGAAGCAUGCAGAAGAAGUAGAAGACCACCGUCUCAAGCAGCAGAGCCUCGAGGCAUCAGAUGAUGGAGGAGACAUUCCUGUGAUCCCUGACUUAGAGGAAGUCCAGGAGGAAGAUCUGGCCAUGCAAGUGGCAGCUCCCCCCAGUGUCCAGGUGAACAGAGUGCUGACUUACCAUGACCUGGACAAAGAUCUCAUGAAGUAUGCUGCCUUUCAGACUCUGGAUGGAGAGGUUGACCUGAAGCUUCUCACCAAAGUGUUGGCUCCAGAGCAGGAACUACGAGAGGAUGAUGUCAACUGGGAUUGGGACCAUCUCUUCACAGAGGUGUCCUCAGAGCUAGUGACUGAGUGGGACUUGGGGCAGUCUGAGAGAGAAGACCACCUCAGUCUGCCCUAGAGCACUGCCACACAAGCCAUCUCCUCAUCCACACGUCCUCUGUAAAUAAUUUAGCACUUUAGUUUUUUAUUCAUAUAUUUGUAUUUGAAAAUUUAUUUCAGACAUGGAAAUAAAUAUAAGCUUCAUAGGAACACUGGCUCAAGAGUUUGGGGUAUUUUGUAAGCAGAAUCUUUGUUCUUGAAAGAGAUUAAGAAUUCCAAGCACAAUAAAAUACUUACUUAUGAACA